UAACUUUCACUUUAAAGUAUUCAAGCCUGACAUAACAUGCCUUUAACAUGCAAAUAACCUCAAAUAUUACAGCUAAGAAAAUGAAACAACCACCGUAUCCCAAUGUUUAAUUACCUAUGUAGAUAAACUGGUGAAAAUUACCAAAAAAUAAUCACUUUAAAAUGGUUAAGUUUUUUAAGAAAUUACUAAUAGAAAUCACUUUGUUCAUCGCGAUGGUUGCUCUGGCUGGACAUGUGACGGUUAAUUUUUGGGAACAAUACGUUGUCCAAGACAAUCUUUUGGAGAUGAAGGAGAGCUUAGAUCAUCUGAAGGUUACGGUAAACAACAUGGGAUACGCCUACGAUGAUUUACAAAGAGAUCUUAUAGAAUUAGCAAAAAUCAAUUCAAAAUCAUCAAAAUCAUCUAUACCCAGAGUGCUUACACAAGAACCAAUUUCUUGCAAGAAAAGAGGAGGGCUCGAUCAUAAAGUAUUAGAACAUUGGAAUCUACUCUUUGCACAAAAUAAUGAUAAAGCUCCUCGUGUAUUGAUUACUGAUAAAAAUGUUGGUAGUGCACCUGUACCUAGUAUGGCUUUAGUCAAAAAUGCUACGACUGCUACAAGACUUCCAUUGAAAGCAACUGCCGUAGGGUCAGAAACUGUAACGGAAUUCCAAAAUCUACAUGAAAACGAAUGCAUAUACAAAUGCAGGGCAAGAAACAGUGUCCGACGAUGCUACGAAGAUUGUGAAAGCACUAAUAAAAUCCAAAAGUUUUAGAUAAAAACUGUUUGGUAUUUAAUUUCUAUACUAUUUGAUUUUGGUUAGUCUAAGUUACGAGUAAGUUUGUCAUACUGUCUCAAUUUUCCUAUUAAAAAGUGGGUAGUUCAGAAAAAUAAAAUUACGUUGCACAAUG